GGGAUCGGGAUUUGGAUUUCAAUCAUGAUGAUGUUUUGACGUUGUCAAGGAUGGGAUUUUGAAAGACACCAGACUUGAAAAGAAAUUUUUACUUUCAGACUUUUCAGGGAAGUACCAACUUGAGGCAGAAAUAAACUGUCAAUGUCAUACUAUCAGAGUAACUACCCCUCCUAUGGUGGAGGUGGGGGGUAUGGUGCAUAUGGGGGAGGAUACACUAGUUCUGGUCCCCCUCCCCCACCACAGGGAUAUGGGGGCUAUGGAGGAUACAGUGCCUACAACGUCAACCAGUCGGCCUACAACCAGUACCAGAUGGGAACCGCCCCUCCCCCUCCCACAGGGGGGUAUGGAGGUUAUGGAGGAGGAGGAGGAUAUGGAUCAAAUCCAUUCCAGGCAAUUCAGGGGUGUUAUCAACAGUAUCAAAGCAAUCCCCAGUAUCAGCAGCAGCACUGGCAACCACCCCCACCACCGCCAGCACCACAGGGAAUGGUAGACCAGUACAAUCAACAGAUGUACCAGAACCAGUGGUAUGCUCAACAGCAAAUGAAAGAACAACUUCAGCAGCAAAUGGGCAUAAAGAAAAAGAAGAAGAAGGGAAGGAAACAGAGGAGAAGGGCAGAGGAAGAGGAUGAAGAGGAGGAGGAGGAAGAAGAAGAGGAAGAAGCUAUUGAUCCAGAUCUGGAGGCGAAGCUGAAGGAGAGACUGCGUACUACCUAUAUUGAUGAGUUGAUGCGCCGCUUAAAGGUCUCAGGAACUCUGGACAUCACGCAGGGUACCAUUGGGGCCUACGCUAGGUAUGAGCCUGAAGACCCUGUCUUCAAAUUCAUGGCUGAAAAGGGUGAGGAUUUGUCUGAAAAUCCAAAAUGGGAUCCUGAAUAUGAUGUGCAGUACCUGAGAGAUGCAAUGAAAGGGUUAGGUACAAAUGAAGACGCCAUCACUCAUGUGCUGACCACCAGAAACAAUGCCCAAAGACAACAGCUGAAAAAGAUGUUUAAAACAGCCUAUGGAAGGGACUUGAUUGAGGAUGUAGAAUCGGAGCUGAGUGGGGAUUACAGAUCAGCAAUAAUGGCACUCUUUGUCCCUCCCCCUGUGUAUGAUGCAUACUGCAUUAAAGAAGCAAUUUAUGGACCAGGAACAGAUGAAGCCAGUCUUAUUGAAAUUUUUAUGACGAGAACUAACCCACAAAUACAGGAAUUGAGAGCAGUGUAUGGAGAUGUGGCAAGUCCUCACAGAAAAGUAUCAGGGACACUGAUAGAGAAGGACAUUGAGGGAGACACCAGUGGAGACUUCAAACAACUGCUUGUAGCAGCAGCACAGGGUAAUCGUAAUGAAAUCACCAGAGAACAGUUGGAAGGAGCAGUGGAGGAGAUUGAAGUUGAUGGACAAGGAACAGGAAUGUUUCAGGUGAACUACUCCAAAUUAGCAGACAUGAAGAAAGCCAAGAGAGAUGCAGAGAAGCUCUACAAAGCAGGGGAAGACAAAUGGGGUACGGAUGAAGAGGAAUUUAUCCGUAUCUUCUCCACCAGAGAUUACUACCAGCUACGAGCCACCUGGGAUGAGUAUGUCAAGCUUACUCAAAGAGACAUCACAAACUCUGUUGACAGAGAGACCUCGGGCGACUUCAGAUCUGGCCUUAAAGCCAUAGCACAAAAUAUCAAGUGCAGACCAAAAUAUUUUGCCCAGCGCCUGAAGAAAGCCAUUAAAGGAUUAGGAACCGAUGAUAAGACCUUGAUUCGUAUCAUUGUUUCAAGAGCAGAGAUUGAUAUGGUCCAGAUAAAGAAAGAGUUCCUGGCAAUGACUGACCAGACCCUCUGGAAAUGGAUUCAUGAUGACACGAGUGGUGAUUACCGUAAAGUCCUACUAGCUCUUGUUGGCAAAAAUUGAAAACAAUCAGCAUACAAAGGACUCGAUCUUCUUGGACUUUUAUCAUUUUCUUUUUUAACAUGUAUAGUAUCUGGUAUACUGUUGAAUCAGGUCUAAGUUUUUUGAUGAAACUAUUUUUAUUUAAUAGUAUUCUGUAUUGUACUUUACUUAAUGUGGUGGUUCUGUAAAAAGUAAUGGAACUUAUUCAUGAGGAAACUAUAAAGUGUUUCUCCUUUUCAGAUUAUAAACUGCAAUGACUGCAUGUCAGUGAGACUGCAUAUUGUUCAAAUUUUCAUGUUACUCUAUCUAUUGUAUUAUAAGUAGACGUAAUAUAACUGUAUUUUGUGUUGGCUACAUCUUUCAACCUAUCAUCAUGAUAAUCAUGCAUACUUUUAACUUAAUUAUUGUAUUUUUUAUUAUGUUAAUUUUUCUAUUGUAGAACUCCUUUUUAUAUAACAAAAUAUGUGUUCAAUAUUUCAUAACUUUCCCUACUGUGUUUCAGUACUAAAACUAUUAUAUUAUCUUUCAUAAGUAACUCCUGUCAAGUUUGAUAAAUCCUCUUUUGGACACCUUUGUUUUAUAAUCUUUUUUAUGAUGUAAAUUUAAUUUUUAUAUCUAUUUACCGGUAUUUUGGAAUGGGUUAUCAUUAAUAAAAUGAAAAGAAUUAAAAGUCACUAUUCAAUAAACUGAAAGUAAUCAUAUGUAGGUAAUGAAAUCACUUAACUAGGUUUAAUAUUGUGUUUUUUAAUUCUAAUGAAUUAUUAAGUCAUAGUUGAAUUUAUAGUGUUUACACUGUCUAAUAGAGGGAGAUUAUACAUGUAAUUUUGAAAUAACCUUUACAAAAAACCUACGGUUGUUGUAAGGCCUAGGUAAUUGUAUGAAUUGUUGAAUCAUUAAAAUUCAUGGGUGUCAG